GCCCUCCGUAUGCGCCAAGUACAUUGCAUAAACCGCGACACGCACACCAGUUCAACUGUAACUGUAAUUCAAGGAGAUCACCUCCAGCCAUGCGAUCAUCCUACGAUUACCAGGCAAAAGAAUGGUCUGUAGAAUGUAUUUUGGCAAGAUAUAGCCAAGCACUUCCCACACACCCUCAAGACAUGUGCCGACCCAGUGAUUCUGAAGGUAGUAGUGACAGCCUGUCAGUAAAUCGUGUCCACAAACGUAAAGAGAACCUACCCCGAGACACAAAGGCUGGUGGUUAUCAAAGACAUCUUUCAGCUCAUCCACCCAAUGGAUUCAACGAAUGGCCAUCUAUAAUUUUUUCUGAACAAUCACCUCUUUCAGAAUCCAAAAACAAUAUAGACCACCGACCACGACGAUGGUCAACUCAAAAAAGAAGAACUUCUCACGCUAUUGAAAGAGAGCAUAGUUCGGCCAAGUCCUCCAUACAUUCCGAACUUUCUGAUAACCCCAAAGGUACUUCAAAGCUUGAAAGAGUUACAAGCAGAUCUGUGGAACAAUCUACAGGAGAAAUACUCUCCAAUAAUGCUGCAUCGAACAAAACCUAUGUGCGGCGCGGUAGACACCAUUAGUUUUUUUUUUCUUACUUUGGGUGCCCUCUAAAUAAAUCGGAAACCGGAGACGUUGGUGUACUCGU